CAAACUCGAAGACUUUAAGCAAGAAUAGUUUACUCCUCAUUAUAGUUGUCAUAAGAAACAAAAAAAAAAAUAUUAAAAUUUUAUUUAAUAAAAAAAAGUGAAAGUGUUUAAAACAAAGUGCCUAUCAGUGUUUAUGCUUAACUAUGUUUAAAAGUGCAAUACGUUUGUUUUCUUCCCAUUCAUCAACCAAGAAUGUAUCAUCGCCAUCUACAAAAGGUCUACGCAAUAAACUUGGCAUUUUGGGUGUUCCCUUUGCAAAGGGUCAGCCAAAGCCAGGAGUGGAUCAAGCCGCUGAUGUGUUGAGGCAACAUGGCUUGAUCUCUAUGCUGCAAGAAUAUUCAAUGGGGAAUUUAUUAAUUUCCGAUUAUGGCAAUUUGGAUUUUCAACAUGUUGAUGAUGCCCAGACACCUGCCCAAUAUAGGAAUAUGAAAAACUAUGGAUCUUUCAUGAGCUGCAACACGGCGUUAAUACACAAAAUUCCCCAAAUACUCAAGGAGCAAGAUCAGUUUUUAUGCCUGGGAGGCGACCAUGCCAUUGGUUUUGGUUCCGUAGCAGGACAUUUAAGGCAUACUCCCAAUUUAUCAUUGGUCUGGGUGGAUGCCCAUGCUGAUAUAAAUCUACACUCGACCAGCGGUUCGGGCAAUAUACAUGGCAUGCCCGUUUCAUUAUUGCUGCAGGAGUUAAGAGAUUUCUGGAAACAUGCACAUUUGGAUGAAUUAGCACCCAAUUGCUUGCGUGCCGAUCAGUUGGUUUUCAUUGGCCUAAGGGACGUUGACCCUUACGAGGCCUACAUACUCAAAAAGUUGGGAAUACGCGCAUAUGCCAUGGAUUCUGUUGAUAAAUAUGGAAUUGCCAAAAUAAUGGAAAUGACUCUGGAUGCUUUGGAUAAGAACAACAAAAUUCACAUAAGUUUCGAUAUUGAUGCUCUGGACAGUCGCAUUGCUCCAAGUACCGGCACUGCGGUUAACGGUGGUCUUACACUACGCGAAGGAAUUUACAUUGUUGAAACCUUAAGUGAGACUAAACGUGUAGAGGGCGUGGAUAUGGUGGAAGUAAAUCCUAGUUUAGGAUCCCAGACCGAUGUUGAAAUAACAUUAUCUGCCGUUUUGGACAUUUUAAAGAGUGCCUGUGGUGGUCAUCGUCGCAGCGGAAAUCAUGAUCAUGUAGAUGGUAGCCUCUUAAAGAAAUAAAUAAAAUUUUUGAUACAUAAAAACUAUGUUUGAUCUUAAU